UCAGGAGUGUUAUUUUAUUACAUAUGAAUGGUUUCGUCUUCAGUUACACAGAGUUGUACACGAACUUGUUUAUCCGCUAUAAUCAGUUUAAAGCCUAAAGAAGUUUAGAUUACCGACGAAAAAAUAUGUGCUUAAAAUAACAUGUAAAUAUCGAUGUUGCAGGUGAAAGAUAACAGCUGCGUUCUUUGAACCGAAUUUGCUUCCUCAUUCAAUCAGUUUGAAUUGAAAACAAACAGCAAAAUGUUGUUUUACAAAAGUUUGCGUGUUUGGAUACUGGCUUAUUUAACAUUAAAAGUUUCAGCAGCCUAUUUUUUAAGCAAUGAUUCCACCAAUUGGGGAUCGGCAAAGUGCAAUCUGGCGGAACCAAAACUUUCUUACAUCCCUGGAUCUUUCCAAAUCAAUGAAACUCUUGGUGUACAUAACAACGUUUCUGAUGUCUGGAUUGGCUAUCAGCAAGCAAAGAUACCGUUUCUAUUUAUUAGUUGUGGAGAAUUGAAUAUCGAACCAACAUACAACGUAACUACUAUAGGCUUUUGCUUCAACCUCUGCGGUGGUAGACCUUUCGGAAUAAAGUCGUCUAGAGACGACGACAUUGUUCUGUCUGAAUCGAUCCUAGAAUGUAAAUGCUCAAACGAAUCUUUGGCUACAAGUUCACACCAUUGCAUACCUUCAGCAAAUAACUUGUGUGGGGAAAAAUGUUAUUCUAUUUACGAUCAGUUGAACGUAAAUGAAUCAUAUGUCAGAAAUCCGAAAAUUGCAAACGGCGAUUGUCUGAUCUACUACUAUCCAUAUUUCCGAUGGGAACCGUGCACGAGGGCAGGAUACAUGUAUAAUAAAAUCAUGUGUAGCAGAUACACAAUUGAAGACGUGAAAUCAACGGCCUUAAUUUUAUCCAUAAUGGCGACAUCAUGGGUCGAAGGCAUGGCAUUAUGCAUAAAAGAAGGGUUCUAUCCAGCAUUUCCACGAAGUAUCAUGAAUAGCGGUUUUAAUUCGACGCACUCACAAUAUCACUGGACAGGAGUUAUCAGAGCAAACACGUUGCUCAAGAAAUCGUCCAUCGGAGAUCUCACACUAUAUCAAGAUGUACACUAUGCGUUCCUGACAACAAAUAACAUGGCGUUGCACUUCACAACAAAUGGAAGCAAACGUUCUCUCUGUUGCAGUGAAACAGAGACCACCUCAAUAUCACCGUCAACGCUCUCCGUUCAACCUGCCAAUACAUCAACACAAUUUUCAUCGACUUCUAUUCCAACAAAUGUUGAGACAGGUGCAACUAAACAAGAUAUGCAGGAAGACAUACACCAAUCCAAACAAUCAAACAGAGACUUUCUGGCUAUCGGAGUGGGCAUUGGAAUUACAAUCGGAAUCAUGUUAGCACUUGGAGGUGUAGUUGCCAUCGGUUGUGUCAGAAAGAGAGGAGUAUUGCAUUGUAGGAAGACCAAAUUCACAGAAGGCCAAUCCACCCAAAGACAAGAAAUGAAUUAUGAAGACAUGAUUGACAGAAAUGAAAUAAAUGAGAGUUACUGCGUGCUUGACAGAAAUGUUGAUUCUAAUGAAGGAACUGUUAGCUAUGUUAAUCAACAAAACGAUUUGAACGGCAUAGAAAGUAGUUCGAAUUAUUUCAAUACGGGUUCUUAAGAACAUAGAACAUGCACAGAAAGCUGAUACUUUUAGCGAUUUCUAUGCAUAAUUUGAUUGUAUAUGCGAAAAUGGAGUACACCUAUAGCGAAUCUAAUGUAUGCGGCACCAGAAUGCUAUAAUUCACAAAUCCUUUUUUUUGGGGGGGUGGGGGGGCGCUCCGAGGACUUUCCUACAUGACAAACAAUUGUUUGUGUUUUAUUCGAAUUUUCAUGUAUGAUGAAGGAUGAAUUACGCAUUGGUCGCGCUAUGUGAGCCAUCCUAGUGGAAAAUAAUGCAAAAUUCCGUUGGUUAUUACUUCAAUAAUACAACAAAAACAUCGAUUUAAUGUCAGGGAAUUCAUAACUCAAAACACAAAAAUACAAGUUUACAUGUUUUGGCUAUGAAUUAAUUCAAACAUACCACAGUAACGUACUGCUUUACAACAAACUUAAUCGCAUUGUAUAUUAACUCACGAUUUUUAUAUGAUUAAAUGGCUUUGUUUUAGUUUGGAAACGAACCUUCUUAAUGUGAUUUAAUGCUGAUAUUUUUUGUAAUUAUAUAUGUUGCUUUUCUGUCAUAUUAAAACAACUUUCUCGAUAAUUUGUUUCAUAAGUUAUUGCAUUUAAAACCUACAUUUAAGUUAAUGAAAUGAAUUAUCUUGUAAUCCUACGUAAUACGGAUUGUGAUGUUUCCAUGGUAAUAGUUACUACACUUAAAUGUUAAGUGAAUAACUCUUGGCCAAGUGUGAGCAUUUAGCUCCUUAAACAAGUUGAACAACUGAUGCUUGGCAUCGUCCGUUUCAAUAGAGUGACACUAGUUGUAUUUAAAAGAGUGUGUGCGUGCUGCGUAGUUGUGUGCUGUAAGCGAAUUUGUUCUGUUUCGCGUACCUACUCAUAAAUAAAAAACGACCAUAGCUUCUCUCCUGCUCAUGUUGCUUAUUUUUUACUUUAUUUAUAUUUAAAUAUCUAGUCGUUACCAUCAAUAAAAUGCAAGGAAGA